CUCUCAUUGGUCUGUGUGUAUAUGUGUGUGUGUAUACACCUGUCAGUCAGAUCUUGAUCUGAGCGCACAGCUGAUCCACUCGCAGCGAUGCCUUUUCCUUAAGGUAGUAAUCAGGAUCAUAUGCAAACAUACCGUUAGAUGAACCUGCCGUAAUCUGAGCGUCUGAGUAAUCACACUUUUUUCGAUUGUGACUUCACCUUGUUUUCAAAUCGAGGUGUUGACAUCAUCUUGAUCAUACAUCAGGAGUUAUUCUCUCUACUUAAAGCACAACAGAUAUCCAGCAAGGACAACAUGGAAAAUUUAGCCCAGGAGUCCAGAGCUGAACGGAUAGCUCGGUACAAGGCGGAGAGAAGGCGGGAACUGGCUGAACGCUAUGGCAACCAGGAAGAGGAGCUUCCAUCGAAGUGGUCAAGAAGAGAGAGGGAAGGACGGGGCGUCCGUGAUGCUACCUGUGCAGAUAAAUCACUUUCAGAAGGAAUAAAUGGAGGAACGGCCACGAAUGGCACAAUACCACUAGAAGAAAGGACAAAUUCUACCAAAAUCUCCAAUGGGUGUACCAACAGUGUAGAGAACGCCCACCAGACCAGGGAAUGUUUGUUUGGCUUGUCAGGUGGGAAAAACCCUCCAGACUCCCAUGGGCUCUCGACCCCUGACAAACCCCAGUUACACACUCAUGUAUCAGUAGGCCAGCUGAAGAACAACCUGCUACAGCAAACCUCCAAACCAGCGCCACCUGACAGAGUUGAUGGUGAUGUGGUUGCCUUUACUCUUGAUCUUGCGGUUCAACCAGUCGGAGAAGGAGGUCGCCGUCGUACCCGUCGCUACUUGCCAGGAGAUCCCGUGGGGAGUCGCAAAACUAGCGAACGCUUUCGUACUCAACCCAUUACAGCAUGUGAGAAACAUGACAGCUGCGGAGUAACGGACAAUGAAAAUCAGGACGACUCACAAAUGGAUGUAAAGACGGAUGACAGAGCCAAGAUGAGUGUAGCUGCCAAGAUGUCUCUGUUUAAAGAGUUGGAGAAGACAGCUUCACCUGAUGCCUCGUCCUUCCUCAAACCCCGCUCCAGUUUCCAUGAGCGCAGAGUUCGCCGUGGCAAUGAUACCCGUGCACUAACUCAGCCAAUCACCUUUGAGGAAACAACGAUAGCAGCGAGUCCUCAGUCAGGUGAGUCCCAGCCUCUGCAGACCGAGCCUGAGGUGGAAGAUGAUGCCAGCUGUAAACUGUCUAUGAGUGAGAAACUGGCUCUUUUCAACAAACUGUCUCAGCCCAUACUGAGUGCUACGGGGAAUCCAAUAGGAGAUAGCGGCCCUCAAGAGCCCAAUGAGAGACGGAGACAGAAAGGAGCACGUUACCGCACACAGCCCAUCACUAUAGAUGAGGUCAAUUUGCUUCAGAAGGGGCCCGUUCAGCUUCCUCAUCUUCAUCUCACGCCUCAUCUGUCUGACCGACAGCAGUCUCUAUCCAUCAAUCUGAAGCCCAGUGAAGUGCGUCUAAACUCUUCACAGGAGCAAGUAUCCUCCUGUGAACUUACUAGUGCACCCAGUCAGAAGCCUACAGACGAUGGUAGCUCCCAUAAUGCAUUGCAGCGAGGCACUCAGAUCAAAGGCAUUCUGAAAAAGAGCUCAUCCGAGGGAGCAGUAUGGAGGAGAGAAACUAGAGACAGAGACGACCUGAAUGGAGAUGGUCAGGGGCAGAAUGGGGGAGAGAGGAGAGAGAUGAAUGAGGAGAAGCGUACCAGCGUGUCACCAGUGAAUCCAUCUGUUUCUCUGCUCUCUGCUGCUCCCUGGAGACAGAGGGCAAGAAAGGACCCUAAUGGUUCCUCUGUCAGAACACGAAGAUCUGCACCAAAGCCUAAGGAACGUCUGUCUCUAUCAGAGGAGAUGGCGGUCCAUACCCAGACUACGGAGCAUAGUGGUGCAUCACCGAUUAGUGACAGGCUGACAGACUCAAGAGAAACGAAGGAAGAGGAGAUGCAAGGUGAUGGGGCAAAGUGCAAUAUGACUGUAAACACUGAACCACAGGAUGAGGCUGUCAGUACAGUUGAGUCUACACUACAAACUCAAUGCUGGGAGCCUGUGUUCUCAUCUGUAUACUCUCGCUGUAACUCCACACCUCAAUAUGUGAUGUGUUUCAAUGAGAGGAGUCUUUCUUAUGAAGCCCAAGAGGUUUUAUCUCCCUCUCAAUCCCAACCACAAGCUACGGGGAGAGUCAAGGCAAGCUGUGAGGAAGAAGACUCUCCCAAACAUGACCUUACUGAGACACAAACCAUUUUCCCACAUGAGUUCACCGAAAGCCUGCAGUGUAGCUCUGAUAUGGCUAAAGAGAUCAUGACCUCUGAACCCUCUUCACUGCCAGCAUGUCAGACCAGUGGAGGAGACACAGAGCCCGAAACCAGCUCUUUCUAUCAAACAAACACUCAAAUUUUGAGUUCAGCUGUCACUGAACACAGACGUUCAGUGCGGCCGUCCCGCAGGACCCAGGGUUCGAGGAAUCCAUUACGCGCUCUUGCAGCUCGGGAAGAUAUCCAACAGGAUUUCAUGCAGCCUGAGGAUGACCGGCAAACGGAGAAUAAUGGUGAAACUAUGAAGAAUUCAAAUGGCACCACACCUGAUGAGGUCACUUCCUGUGGAAAAGUGAGCAGACCUACAGUGCCAUACAACAAUCUCAUGCUUAUACAGGUUAAAGGAUGGAGGCACGUGCAGGUGCGUUUGGUGGAACCCGUGUCACGAUCUCUUAACAGUGGCGACUGUUUUCUGCUGGUCACACCUUCACAUUGUUUUCUCUGGACUGGAAAAUUCUGCAACACCAUUGAGAGAGAGAAGGCAUCUGAAACGGCCUCUUGGGUUGUGUCCCAGAGGGAUUUGGGUUGCCAAGCGACAGGUAUCAUUCACCUGGAUGAAGGUGUAAAUACAGACAGUGUGCAGGCAGAAGAGUUCUGGAAACUUCUCGGUGGACAGACCCAAUAUAAAGGUCCUGAUGGUGCUGAUGAUGAUGAACACUAUGAAAAAGCCAUAUCAGAGUCAAACUGUAUUUAUAAACUGCAGGGAGACAGACUUAUACCUCAUGAGCAGGCCUGGGCCUCUAUACCACACCUCUCUCUAUUGGACUCCUCUCAGACUUUGUUGUUUGACUUCGGCAGUGAACUUUAUCUGUGGCAUGGCAAAGACGUUGGGCCGAGCGAGAGGAAACUGGCGCUGCAGCUCGCUCAGCAGGUCUGGGACGGAGCUUACGACUACAGUACCUGCAGGAUCAAUCCUCUGGAUCCCUCUGGUGGAAAUAACCUGACGCAAGGCACUGGCAGGCCGGACUGGGCAAUAUUUGGACGUGUGUUUGACCAAAAUGAGGCGGUACUGUUCAAAGAGAAGUUUGAACAGAUAAGGCCGAAUAAGAAUAACUUUACUCCUUCCAUUCAAGAGGAAGUUCAGACCCCCUUUCUUGAAUCCCAACCAAUGCUUGUUGAGCAGUGGUCAUGUGAUGCCAAAGCUCUCUUUGGUGGAGCCGGUUUUUCAGAGCUGUCACAGAUCGUUCCGGAUGGGGUGGAUGUACGAAGAGGGCGGGACCUUGUCACGCUAAGCAAUGGUCAACAGGCAGAGUUACGUACCAUAGCGAUAAAAAUAUGGCUUAUUGUAGAUGGUGAAGAGCGUGAGGUGGACCCGGAGAGUUUUGGACAGUUUCAUGAAAACAACACGUAUGCUAUACGUUGGACAUACAGCCUCACAAGUGUGGGUGAGUGUAAAUAUGUUUAAAAAAAAAACCAAGACAAAUCUGCGCUUUUCAUUUGGAAGGGGCGGCACUCAGAUAUCAGUGGGCGGGAACUGUCAUCAGUGCUGACCAAACAGUGUAGUCCGCAGAUGUUUGUAACAGAAGGGGAGGAGCCACCCUGUUUUCUGCAGCUGUUUCAGGGAGGAAUGGUCGUUUACAGACAACAUGGAAACAGGGAUGUAGGAGGCUGGCGUCUGUUCUGUGUAAGAGGUGAUGUGCCAGUGGAGGGCAGUCUGUUGGAGGUCGAACGCUUGUGCUCCAGCCUCAGGUCUCGUGGUUCUCUGAUCAUGCUGAACAGCCAGGAGGGGACGAUUUACCUUUGGCAUGGCUGUAAAGCCCACAGCAAAGCCCGUCAGGUGGCCAAGCAGACAGUCCAACGCCUCAAAGAAACGUGCCCACCUGAGUUAGGUGUGAGAACGGGCGGCUUUGUAAAUGUCCAGGAAGUGGAGGAAGGAAAAGAGCCAGCAGAAUUCUGGAAUGCGAUUGGACCACAGGACAGGAAGUCAUAUGACUGCAUGUUACAAGAUCCUGGUAAAUUUAACUUUACCCCCCGCCUUUUUCACCUAAGUGCCCACUCAGGAACGUUCAAAGGGGUGGAGCUAAUAAGCCCCUCACAUGUGAAUGGUGUCAUUACAGCAAUGCCCUUCCUCCAGGACAAGUUAUAUGAUGUGCCACAUCCAGCUCUGUUUCUGCUGGAUAACUUUCUGGAGGUGUAUUUAUGGCAAAAUAGUGAACCCGGAGCCUCACAGCGCCCCCAUUGGGACAAAGAGAAGAAGUGUGCCAUGGAAACUGCCUUGCAGUACUGCAAAGAGAGAAAUCCCAGACGGCCUCCAAUGGCGUACCUAAUAGAUGAAGGGGCGGAGCCUCUCACAUUCACUAAUAUAUUUCCUUCAUGGGAGAUGAGACCGACAAAGGUAUUGCAGGACUGCAUGGUGCGUAAAAAGCUGACCCUGGUGCAGGAUGCCCUAGCUGCCCUUAAUAGGACCCAGUUUCCCCUGGAGGAUCUGUUAAAGAGACCCUUACCUGAAGGAGUGGAUCCACUACACCUGGAGCACUACCUGUCUCAAAAUGAUUUCAAGGUUGCUUUGGGAAUGACGUGGAACGAAUACAACUGCCUAUCAGAUGAACAAAAAAUGAACCUCAAGAAAAGCAAAGGACUUUGAUCUGAUGGAAAAGCGCUGUGAUCUGAUGUCAACAGAAACAAUGAUAUGUUCUUGUAAAAUGAUGACAAUCCCAUGUACAGUACAGUGUAAUUGUGAGUGUGUUACACAGUGAGUGAGUUUUCUUUCAGCCUGUUUAUAUAACGUCCAGCACUCAUUUUUGGCCAAAGCUCUGUGCUCACAGCUACAUUAGACUGAACGGUUUACUCUUUACUAUUACUUUGACAAAUAGCUGCCAUGUUUUUCUUUGCGAUUUCUUUCUUCCCCUCCUCCAUCCUUCAGUGCAGCUGUUUCGUUCUUUAUCUCUCCUGUCUGCCAUCAGUCUCCUCUUUAAACACAAGCAGCACAUGUGAAUAUGAGGUGUGGGAGAUUUCCUUAACUUUCAGCUGAAUUUAGUAAUGCUUAUUUUGAAAUAAAAACACAUGAUGUA